AUGGCAGGACCCGGGAGUUGGAGGGACAAGGAGGUGACAGAUCUGGGCCAGUUGCCGGAUCCAACUGGAAUAUUCUCACUUGAUAAAAUCAUUGGUUUUGGUACUUAUGGAAGAAUCUAUUUGGGAAUCCAUGAGAAGACUGGUUCUUUUGUGGCUAUUAAAGUAAUGGAUGCCCGGAAGAAUCCUUUGCCUGAAAUAGGAAAGCGGGUGAGAGUGAACAAAUACCAAAAGUCUGUUGGAUGGAGAUACAGCGAUGAAGAAGAGGAUCUUAGGACUGAACUCAAUCUGCUGAGGAAGUACUCUUUCCACAAAAACAUUGUGACAUUCUAUGGUGGAUUUUUCAAGCUGAAUCCCCCUGGCCAUCAGCACCAACUUUGGAUGGUAAUGGAGCUAUGUGCAGCAGGCUCGGUCACUGACGUGGUGAGGAUGACAAGAAAUCAGAGUUUAAAAGAAGACUGGAUCGCUUAUAUCUGCCGAGAAAUCCUUCAGGGCUUAGCUCACCUUCAUGCGCACCAUGUAAUUCACCGGGACAUCAAAGGGCAAAAUGUGCUGCUGACUCAUGAGGCUGAAGUCAAAAUAGUGGAUUUUGGAGUGAGUGCCCAAGUGAGCAAAACAAAUGGACGGAGAAAUAGCUUCAUUGGUACACCGUACUGGAUGGCUCCCGAGGUGAUUCACUGUGAUGAAGACCCAAGACGUUCCUAUGAUUACAGAAGUGAUGUAUGGUCUGUGGGAAUCACUGCUAUUGAAAUGGCUGAAGGGGCUCCUCCUUUGUGUAACCUUCAGCCUCUGGAAGCCCUUUGUGUUAUUCUACGGGAAGCCGCUCCCACAGUCAAAUCCAGUGGAUGGUCCCGUAAGUUCCAGAAUUUCAUGGAAAAUUGCAUGAUAAAAAAUUUCCUAUUUCGUCCGACAUCUGGAAACAUGCUUCAUCAUCCAUUUGUCCAUAACAUAAAAAAUGAACGACGUGUUGUGGAGUCCUUGACAAAGCAUAUUACUGGGAUCAUUCAAAAGAAAGAGAGAAAAGGAAUGCCUGUGGCCCUCGAAGGAGAAGAAGUUAUUAAUGAACAGUGCAUCACAAGGAGAUUAAGAGGACCUUCUUGCACUCCUGAACUUUUGAGAGUGCCAAACAGCAGCAGAUGCAGACCACUCAGAAUUGUGAAUGGAGAACCCUCUCAGCCAAGGUGGUUACCUGAUGAAGAAGAGCCACAGGACCAAGAACUUCAACAACUGCAGGAGGCAGCCAAUGUGUUCAUGCCUCUACAUUCUCAGGACAAUAUACCUAAGCCUUUCCAAAAGCAGGCUCAGGUUCCACAGUGUCUAUAUGGGGCAGUUCAGGUGUGCAUGCCAGUACAGGUACAGAUUCAGGCACCUCCCCAACUAAGCAAAGCAGCCCAGGUGUGCAUGUCACUGCCUACUCAGGAUAACCAAUCUAGUUCUCCAGAAGUACAGGCCCCCAUACCAAACGAACAGCAGGAGGCCUCAGAAACAGAACAGCCUAAAGAUUUGGACCAGGUACCAGAAGAAUUUCAGGGGCAAGACAGGGCGCCUGAACAGCAAAGGCAGGGCCAGGCUGCUGAACAACAGCAGAGGCAGAAUCCAGUUCCUGAGCAGCAACCAGAGCAGAACAGGGAACCUGAGCAAGCUGAGGUACAAGAAGAGGCUGUUGAGCCUCCACAAGCUGAGAUUGAGGAUAAGGAACCUGAGGUAAUACAAGUGCAUGCCCAGGUGUUCCUGCCUUUACUGUCCCAGAACCAUCAUGUGCUCCUGCCUCUUCAUCUGGAUACACAGCUGCUAAUUCCAGUAGGGGAACAAAAUGAAGAGGCACCUCGUGCACAGGCCUGGGAUCUAGAGGACUCAAGGGCAGUUGGCGCAGUGCAAGCACUGAUAGAGGGACUAUCCAGGGACUUGCUUCGGGCACCAAAUGCAUAUAUCUCAAAACCGCUUGGUCCACUGCAAAUCUUCUUGGAAAAUUUGUCUACAGAUGGAUUUUACACUGAACCAGAACCGACACAGAAGAAAAAAUCAAAAGUUGCUAGUCUAAAGAAAGCAAUAGUCAAAAGACUAAGACCCAAGAGAUUCAGGGCAAAGGCAUUAUGGAGACUUGAGGAUUUUGAGUGCUCAGAUGUAGAAGCCAGCAGGAGAAGGCGCCAUCGUAGAUGGGAGGAGAUCUUUAAUCAGCAUGAAGAGCAACUGAGACAAGUUGAAAAUGAUAGAGAAGAUGACUCAUCAGACAAUGAUGAAGUGUUUCAUUCAAUUCAGGCUGAAGUCCAAAUAGAACCACACGCUCAAAAUCCUACAGGAAAUGAGGUCCAAGAGAGAUCUGCUCCUAUUCCUUGCAACCGGAAUCGUGCGCAUCGUGUGAAAUUUUCUCCAAGUGUCGGUGAGGAGCCUCCUUUGGAAGAAGCUCGGCAGCCCAUGGACAUCAGACCAAGGAAUUGCCUAAAUCCUCAGAAUUUUCACUUGGAAUCAGAAUCAUCUUCUGAGGAGGAGAGUCCUGUGACUAGGAGGAAGUCCCAGUCAUCGCCACCUUAUUCUACUAUUGAUCAGAAGUUACUGAUUGAUAUCCAUGUUCCAGAUGGAUUUAAAGUGGGAAAGAUAUCACCCCCUGUGUACUUGACAAAUGAAUGGGUAGGCUAUAAUGCACUCUCUGGAAUCUUCUGGGAUGAUUGGGUACUCCCUACACGUUCAGCUGCUCAGCCACCUGUAGAAGAUGGUGAUUAUGUUGAACUCUAUGAUGCUGACGCUAAUGAUGAAGCUUCAAACAAUGGUUAUGAAGAUUCCAAUGAAGGUGCCAAUGGCCAUGAUGACUUGAAUCACCGGGUUGAUCAGGCAUAUGGCUAUGAAGGCCAUGGUGCUGCUAACUACAAUGGUUAUAGUCAUGGUGCUGCUGGCAAUGGGCCAAGGGCAAAUUAUCGCAGAGGUGGAAUCUUGAAGAACGCUGGUAAUGAUAGACAUGAUCUAAAUCGGGGAGCUUUCAGAGCCUAUGGAGACAAUGAAGCCGGAAAUUACCGUGGAGCUGCUGGUGGAGCAAGUGCUGCUUUUGGAAACCUGGAAGGACAUGAAGCCAAUAGACGCAGUCGAAGGGGUAACAGAUACAGGGGAGCCAAUGGAGGCAACGAAGAGAAUGGAGCAUGUGGAGUGGAUCAUGUAUUCCCAGAUUUUGAACGUGAACAAGAGGAAUCAGAUCGUGGAACUGAGACCUCAGAUUCAAUUGCCUUGGAGAUCGCAUCCCUUGAUGGUGAGCAAAACAGUGGGAUACCAGCAUCAUCAGCAAGAACAGGUUUUCCUAUGGGAGGCGCAUCUUCCAGAGGCUCUGAUCCUGACAUUGGAAGUGACAUCUCAUAUGAAAGACCACUAAUACAUGUGUAUGAAAAGGAAUUCUCAUCUGAGGUCUACUGUGGUUCUUUGUGGGGAGUCAAUUUGUUGCUGGGCACCGCAUCUCAUCUGUAUCUGAUGGACCGAAGUGGAAAGGCAGACAUCAUUAAACUUAUAAAGCGAAGACCAUUCCGCCAGAUUCAAGUCGUGGAGUCACUCAAUUUGCUGAUUACCAUCUCUGGCCGCAAGAACAGACUUCGUGCGUAUCAUCUGACUUGGCUGAGGAACAAGAUUCUGAAUAAUGAUCCAGAAAGUAAGAAAAGGCAGAAGGCAAUGCUGAAGACAGAAGAAACUUACAAAGCUAUGGAUAAGUUGAUUGGCUGUGAACACUUCAGUGUCCUUCACCAUGAAGAAACAACAUACAUUGCAGUUGCUGUGAAAUCAUCAAUUCACCUCUAUGCAUGGGCACCAAAAUCCUUUGAUGCACGCACCGCCAUUAAAGUGUUUCCAACUCAUGAUGUUAAGCCAGUGACAGUUGACCUGGCUAUUGGUUCUGAGAAAACACUGAAGAUUUUCUUCAGCUCAGCUAAUGGAUAUCAUAUCAUCGAUGCAGAAUCUGAAGUUAUGUCUGAUGUGACCUUGCCAAAUAAUAAUGUCGUCAUUUUACCUGAUUGCUUGGGACUUGGCGUGAUGCUCUCCUUCAAUGCUGAAGCUGCCUCUGAGGAAGCAAAUGAACAACUUCUCAAGAAGAUCCUUGAUGUGUGGAAAGACGUACCGUCUUCCGUGGCUUUUGAGUGUACAAAGAGAAUCACUGGAUGGGACCAAAAGGCUAUUGAAGCGCGCUCUCUACAGUCAACUAUUCUCGAGAAUGAGCUGAAGCGCCGCUCAAUCAAGAAACUGAGAUUUCUGUGUGCCCGUGGUGACAAGAUGUUCUUUGCUUCUACACUGAGCAAUCGGCGCAGCCGGGUUUACUUUAUGAGCCUGGGAAAACUUGAAGAGCUCCAAAGAAGCUAUGCUGUUUAA